UUUGUAUCAGAAGGUUGAACUGCACUUGCAAGGAAGAAACUUGUCUGAUUUAGAUGUUUUUUCAAAGAGUGAUCCUCAGGCUUUUGUGUAUAUAAAAGAAAAGAAAAAGAAUAAUUGGAAGCUAAUAGGACAAACGGAAAAAAUUAAUGAUAACUUAAACCCAAACUGGUCACAAACUAUUAUACUAUCCUAUCAUUUUGAAGAAUUGCAAGAAUUAAAAUUUGAAGUUUAUGAUAUAGAUAAUGAUAAAAAAGAUCUAAAAAGCCAGGAUUAUAUUGGAAGCAUGCAAUGUUGCUUAGGUGAUAUCGUAGGCUCUCCAGGCUCCAAAUUAAUGAAGGCAUUAAAAAAUCCAAAAAUUUCUAAUCCUGGUCAUCUCAUUGUGUCUGCUGAAGAAGUUGGAGAGAAUAUAGGAUCUAUUUAUAUAUUAUUUAAAGCGAAAGAUUUGGAUAGAAAAGGGCUCUUUACUUUUUGCUAUCCGUUUAUACGGAUCUCUCGAGUCAGAGAGGACGGCUCCUACGACGUUGUUUAUAAAUCAGAAGCUCAAAAGAGAUCUACACGUCAUCCGGUUUUUUCUAAAAUUCAUAUUUCUGCUCAAAAGUUAUGCAAUAAUGACCUUCACAGAAAUUUGAAAGUUGAGUGCUUCCAUAAAGGCUUCUUUGGCUCCGAGGUUUUGAUUGGUGAAUUUAUGACUACUGCUGCGAAGUUGCAGGAGGCUAACCUUAAUAAUACUUCUAUUGUUCUGAAGAAUUCAAUAAAAAAAAAGAACUCUGGAAUUUUUUUGGUUCAUUUAUUUGAAGUUAAGCGCGAGUCAACCUUUUUGGAGUUUAUCCGUGGAGGCUUGGAUAUUAACUUGAUUGUUGGCAUUGACUUCACUUCCUCCAAUGGAGACCCGCAGAAUCCAUCAUCUUUACAUUUUUUAGGUCCGAACAAUGAAUACGAACAAGCCAUUUUCUCUAUUGGAAGAAUAUUGUGUUCUUACGAUUCGGAUCUUCUUUUUCCUCUUUUUGGUUUCGGCGCGAAACUUCCGGACUCCGGAAUAGUCAGUCACUGCUUUCCUUUAAAUAACAAUAUUGCCUCCCCGGAAGUGCACGGAAUUGAAGGAAUAUUAAAGGCGUAUCGGGAAACAUUAAGCCGCGUUCAACUUUUUGGCCCCACAAACUUUUCACAAAUAAUAAAAUAUGCAGCGGAACAUGCUAAGCGUGCUAUGAAUUCUGGCAAGCAAAAGUAUAUUAUUUUACUUAUGCUUACGGAUGGAAUAAUAUCAGAUAUGGAAUUUACUAUUGACGAAAUUGUUAAAGCAUCGACUCUUCCGUUAUCGAUUAUUAUUGUUGGAGUUGGAGAUUCGGAUUUUUCGAAAAUGGGCGUUUUGGAUGCUGAUGUUGUUCCUUUGAGAAGUUCAGAAGGCCAGCAAAUGGCUCGAGAUAUCGUGCAGUUCGUUCCUUUUAGAGAAUGUCUCGGAAUUCCUUCGAAGCUUUCAGAAAUGACUUUAAUGGAAGUUCCCAGACAAGUUACUUCAUUUUUUAAAAGCGUCGGAAUUUUACCUAAUCCUCCCGUGCAAAUAGACGCAAGCCUGUUAAAACCUAUAUCCACCAAUCCUGCGCUGGGCUCGCCGUCUUGCACUUCUUUUCCCAGUCCCAAUCCUCCUUCCUGUCCAUAUCCAAUAGAUUUGUAAUGAGAAAUGACGGCUUCAAGCUUGAAUGUAACAUCUUUUUAUUCUAAAAAUUAAUAAAGUUUACAUUCACAUUCA